AUGGUGUGUGGUUAUUCCAAGACAAAAGCCAGAGCCAGGAAAAAGGGUAACUUGGAGGGCCAUGACAGAUGCUUGUUCAUGGGAGGUGGGCAAGUGGGGUAUCAAAGGAUGGCGUUGAGAAGCCUCACAGGUAUUGGAACAAAACAUGUUGAAAUCAGAAUUGGACUCAGCUAUAGUGAGGGAAACAGCAUUGCCAGGAACAUAGUUGAUGAUGGGGUGGGGAGAGUCAAGGGGCCAAGUGAUGGUGCCAGCAAGAGGGAGGAAUUGUCAAAGAAUGUGAGAGGCAAAGAUGUUGGAGUGGAGGAAAUGGUUGUUGCUCCCUGUGGUGGUGCCACAUGUUAG